CUCGGAGGAUCUUGUUCCAUUCCUCUCCGGCUGUCCCUCUCCUCGCCGUCCCCGUCGGCAUGCACGACAUCGGCCUCUCCGCCCGCGCCGCCGGCGCGUCCUCUUCCUCCUCCUCCUCCCCCUCCGCCGCCGGCGACGACGACGACGAGUCCAAGACCCGGAAAGCGCACCCCGCCUUCGUCUCGUCCGCCUACACCCGCCUCCACUCCUCCCAUCGCGCCGUCGCCUCCCUGCUGCUCCUCCUCACCGUCGCCGUCGCCGCCUUCCUGGCUGGCCGCGCCCGCCCUAGCAUCGAAUGCGCGACGCCGCGCCUCGACGCGCGCUUCCUCGCCCUCCCCGAUGCCGCCGCCGCCUCCGACUUUGGCUCCCUCGGCGUCCCCUGGUGCAGAUCAAAAACAGGGAAGACAGUGGAAUGGACUUCUAAAGACCUACUUAAUGGAUUGGAAGAAUUUGUGCCAAUAUACGAGACCCGCCCCAUCAAGAAUAACAUGUAUGGAAUGGGCUUUGAUCACAGCUUUGGGCUCUGGUUCAUGACUCGCUGGCUUAAACCGGAUCUGAUGAUUGAAAGUGGUGCUUUCAAGGGGCACUCUACUUGGGUUUUGCGGCAGGCCAUGCCAAAUACUAGGAUUAUAUCACUCUCUCCUAGGCACCCUGAGAAAUAUAUGAAGAAGGGACCUGCAUAUGUUGAUGAGAACUGUACUUAUCUUGCUGGGAAGAAUUUUGUCGAUUUUGGAAGCGUUGAUUGGGAAAAACUAUUGAGAAAUCAUGGCAUUUCUGAUUCCAGUAGGGUGCUUGUUUUCUUUGAUGACCACCAAAGCGAGUUGAAAAGGUUAAAGCAGGCACUAAAAGCUGGAUUUCAGCAUCUCAUAUUUGAGGACAACUAUGAUACUGGUACAGGUGACCAUUAUUCCUUGAGGCAGAUAUGUGAUCAACCAUACAUCAGAGGUGGUGGACAUAGCUGCUUUUGGGAUAGUGAUGAAGCAAGAUUAAGGUCGAAACGGAAGAAGCUUUGGGAGAAGGCCGUGGAGAUAGAUGAUCUAUGUGGAGAGGGUGAUGCAUGGUGGGGUGUUCGAGGUUACAUGCGAGACAAUUUCAACCAUAGCAAUAAGGCCAUUUCAUAUGAAGAGCAUUUCCAGAACAGUAGGUUUGUUGAAUCUAUGGUGGAUUUGUAUUGGGAGCUUCCUCCUGUUGCUGGUCCAUCCUUAACACAUCAAACAAGGUAUGACCCAGCACGUGCAGCUGACCCUAUCAUCGAAGAUGGUCGCUAUGCCCUUUUCAGAAGAACCGGUCUAGAAAGAUUGGAUGCAUCAGUGUUCAACGGUUACACCCAGAUGGCAUAUGUUGAGAUAUCAAGUUCAAAGUUGAACACAAAUGAUGUUUGAAGAUUUUGCCUGCUGGGCUUAUUUUCUUAUGAUGGAUUUUGUACAGCACUGGUGUGUGAUUCCUUGUACCACACUCCACAUAUUUGCCAAAUCAAUCAACGGAGGGCUGUAUUUGUUGGGUGAGGUAUCCUUUUAUGUGAAAAUUGUUUGUGACUAAUCACAAGGAUUACUUCUAGUGCCUGCACUACAUUAAAAUCACAAGAGUGAAAACAAA